UACCUUGUUGUUUAUCAAAGUUUUUGUGUGAAUAAAGGAAAAAAUAUUUAAGAAUUUGUGACAUAGUUAAAAGAGAGUAGAGGUUUUUAAUCAAGUAACAUUCCUUAAAGAGGAAAGAAAGUUCUGAAAAACUUGUGUCAUGCCAAAGUUAACAACAUCAAGGAAACAAGUUGCCGAAACAGAUACUGGCAAGAAAUUCACCAUCGUCUUACAAUCAAGCCCAGUGCUUCCGAAAAGGUCAGAUAAUAACAACAAUCUUCAACUAAAAACAACAAAAACUACAACAACGAAGAAAAACGACCAAAACAAACCAAAACAGCUUGUUAAACCACCAGUCAGUACAACCGUUCGAGAAGUUAAGGUUGUGAAAGAAAUUGUUACAACCAGAGCUGCUCCGAACACUCAAGAUGACACAGCUGGUAAACGUAAACCAGUAAAUAAGGAAACAACACCAACAACAGCACAGAAUGUUACCAAACAAGUUAUACUAACACAGAAAGCUGGACAGCAAAAAUCUUCUGCAAAAGGUCCAACGAGUAGAGGUGAAAAUGACACGCAACGUCCAAUCAGGCAGAUAGCUCAAUGCAAAGCUACGCUAGAGCCUUUAAACAUAAAUAUGAAUUUGGGUGACAGAUCCAAAAGCACUGCAUCUGCUUUGUGCCAGCCUAAAUCUCAACUUGGACUAAGAACGAAGACUUCUGCUGCGGACCUAAGAAAUGCUCAUGGAAGAGAAGCAGUUCCUGAGCUUUCUUCAACACAAAUGGAGAAGGAGCUUGAAAGGAUGUAUGCAGGCUUGCCAAAAGCAGUGGCGGGAAUAAACAUUCCAAACCAUCAAGGACAUUCUGAAUUUUGCUCUUGCAAAGCAAAAGGCCAUCAUUACUAAAUUUUAAAUUGAGAAAAUUAUUACAAGAGAAACAUCCACGUCGAAAUUUAAUAAAUUUAAAAACUCUGCUUGAUUCUGUGCGAGAUAAAGUCUUGUCUUGAUAAAGAAAUAAACAUUUCUUGAGAACAUAUCUCUGGUGAAAACAUAUUAAAACCAUCUCAAACAGUUUAUCCUUUACAAUGCAAAAGAACAAAUUGGUCUCUUGCUGGUGUAUAGAGGAAGUAUUGUGUUACACAAUACAUCAGAAGGAAUUACCUCAGAGGAAGUAAUUCAUCUUGGCAACUAACCGAACAUUACAACAGACAUAAAUAUAAAUAACAUAAUUUGUAAUUUGUUUUAACUUUAGUAUUCCAAUGAAGUUUGGUCUUUAUAAUUUAUUUAAUAAUGGCUUAGAAUAGAAAUCACUGAAAUAACAGAAAAGUCAAA